AUGAUAGAUAUAAGAUUAACUCCACCACCUACAUCAAACAACAACAGUAUAAAUCAACAAUCAAAACGAAAAAAUGAAGAAAAUAUAGAAGAAUUUAAAAAAUUAAAAAAUUUAACAACUGAAGAUUUAAUAAAUUCAAAUCCAGAAUGGCCACAAUUUAUUCAUCCAGAUGGUGGGAUUCUAAAAAUAACACCAUGGGGUUCAAUAAGACAAUAUAUUGAUUCAGCAUCAGGAGAAUCAAUAACAAAAUUUGAAGAUUUAAAUUUUGAAGAAUAUUCUUUUAAAUCUGAAGAAAUUGAAAAAUUAUAUAAUACUCCAAAUACUCCUCAAUCUAUUUAUAAUCAUCAACAACUGAAUAAUUUUAAUCAUAUAUCUCCUUUACAUAAUAAACCAAAUUUAAGUCAACAAAGUUCUUCAAAUUCAAUAGGUUUAUCAUCAAAUAAUUCAAUAUAUAAUCAAUCAAAUCAAAAUUUGAAUUUAAGUCCAAGUAAUGAAAUUGAAAGUUAUGUUGUAGAUGGUUAUCAAUAUAAUCAAAAUCAACAACAACAACAUGAUAUUCAAGAUCAAGAAUUUCAAAUUGAACAUGAAAAUUAUUUUGGAAUGAAUUAG